AUGUUUAAAAAUAAUGUUUUGUUAUACUUCGCUAUUGAGACAGUGGAUACCAUUCCUGAUAUUCAACCUCCGGGCAACCUGUUGGGUGAACUGUACGUUAUAACAAAUGAGUUGGGCUGCGUCCGAGUGGCAGGCGCGUGGGAGUGGCGCGACCUGGGCGGGCCGAGCGGGAACACCGCCCUAAACAAAAUGGCGGAGGCGCGCGCGCCAAUUUUUGAAUUUCAGUUUGGAAUUUUAGAGAUGUAA